AUGAAGUGCUUAAAAGACGGGUUUUUGCAUCAGAUUCGCUCCAUUAAAACCGGUUUAACCUUGACCGCAAUCUCCUCGAACCAGCUUGUUAAUCUCUACUCAAGAAAUGGUUUAUUGCGCGAAGCUCGGAAUGUGUUCGACGAAAUGCCAGAGAGAAACGUUUACUCAUGGAACGCUGUAAUCUCUGCCUACGUAAAGUUCAACGAUUUAAAGGAAGCGCGUCUCCUGUUCAAAACGGCCAAUUCCGAGCGAGAUUUGAUUACGUAUAACACUCUGCUUUCAGGGUUUGCCAAAACUGAUGGGUGCGAGAGUGAAGCCGUUGAGAUGUUCGGUGAGAUGCAUAGGAAGGAGGAGGAAGAUGGGGUUUGGAUAGACGAUUUCACUCUCACCACAAUGCUUAAACUCUCUGCGAAGCUAUCAAAUGUGUUUUACGGUGAACAGUUGUACGGCGUUAUGUUGAAAACCGGGAACGAUGCGACUAAGUUCGCAGUGAGCUCUCUCAUUCACAUGUAUUCAAAAUGUGGGAAGUUUAAGGAGGUUUGUAAUGUCUUUAACGGAUCUUGCGUUGAGUUUGUUGAUUGCGUGGCUAAGAAUGCGAUGAUUGCAGCGUAUUGUAGAGAAGGCGACAUGGAAAAAGCUUUGAGUGUAUUCUGGAGAAAUCCGGAACUGAAUGAUACGAUUUCUUGGAACACAUUGGUUUCAGGAUAUGCACAGAAUGGAUAUGAGGAAGAAGCUUUGAAGAUGGCUGUUACUAUGGAGGAAAGUGGGUUGAAAUGGGACGAACACACUGUUGUUGCUGUGUUAAACGUUUUGAGUAGUUUAAAGAGGUUGAAGAUUGGAAAGGAAGUGCAUGCUCGGGUGUUGAAGAACGGAUCAUAUUCUAAUAAGUUUGUGAGCAGUGGACUUGUUGAUCUUUACUGUAAGUGUGGGAACAUGAAGUACGCAGAGUCUGUCCAUGUGUUAUAUGGUGUUGGCAACUUGUAUUCGACUUCUUCGAUGAUCGUUGGUUACUCUUCUCAGGGGAAGAUGGUGGAAGCGAAGAGGUUUUUUGAUUCUUUAUCUGAGAAGAAUCUUGUGGUCUGGACUGCCAUGUUCUUGGGGUAUCUUAAUUCACGGCAACCUGAUUCUGUGCUUGAGCUUGCACGUGAGUUUAUAGCCAAGGAGAGGGAAAUUCCUGAUUCUUUGGUCAUGGUUAGCAUCCUUGGUGCAUGCUCUUUACAAGCUUGUAUGGAACCGGGGAAGGAGAUUCACGGUCACAGCUUGAGAACUGGGGUUUCGAUGGACAAGAAGCUUGUUACUGCUUUUGUCGACAUGUAUUCGAAAUGCGGAAACGUUGAGUAUGCUGAGAAGGUCUUUGAGUACAGUAGCGUCGAGAGAGAUACGGUUAUGUACAACGCUAUGAUUGCUGGUUGUGCUCAUCACGGCCGUGAAGGAAAAGCUUUCCAGCUCUUUGAAGACAUGACUGAGUGUGGACUCGAGCCGGAUGAGAUCACGUUCAUGGCUCUCUUAUCAGCUUGUCGUCACCGCGGCUUAGUCCUAGAGGGUGAGAGGUACUUUGAAUCGAUGGUAGAGGUUUACAAGAUAUCACCUGAGGUUGGUCACUAUACAUGCAUGAUUGAUUUGUAUGGAAAGGCUAAUAGGAUAGACAAAGCCAUAGAGCUUAUGGAAGGUAUUGAUCAUCAAGGCGAGGAAGAUGGUGUUGUUCUUGGAGCGUUUUUGAAUGCUUGUAACUGGAAUAAGAACGCAGAGCUUGUGAAGGAAGUGGAAGAGAAGUUGUUAGCCGUUGAAGGAUGUAACGGGUCUCGUUAUGUUCAGCUAGCUAACGCUUAUGCCUCGUCUGGUAGAUGGGAUGAUAUGAGACGGAUUCGGAAUUGUAUGAGAGGGAAAGAGCUUGGGAAGUUCUCUGGAUGCAGCUGGGCGUAUAUCAAUAACCAAGCUCAUAUGUUUACUUCCUCUGAUAUCUCUCAUUUCAACACAGAAGCUAUAUACUCAAUGCUGCACUUUGUGACCAAGGAUUUGUCUGAAAUUGCUGAAACCACGACUUAA